AUGGAGAUUGUGUAUAGAGGUCUUAAGGGUAGGAGAUUUCUGAUUGUCAUAGAUGAUAUUUGGAGUACAAAGGCUUGGGACCAAAUGCAAAGAACAUUUCCAAAUGAUGACAAUAGAAGCCGAAUUCUAUUAACCACUCGGCUCAAGUAUGUUGCUGAUUAUGUCAGUUGUCCUGAUUUUCCACCUCAUCGCAAGUCUUUUCUAAGUCAAAAUGAUAGUUGGAAUCUAUUCACCGAAAAAUUAUUCAAAAACGAUCCGUGUCCUCCUUUACUUGUAGAAAUAGGGAAGCAUAUUGUACGACAAUGUCAAGGAUUACCUCUCUCUAUUGUUGUUGUUGCUGGACUUUUUGUAAAAAUGGACUUAACGCAUGACAAUUGGAAGGAGGUUGAGGAAAAUCUGAAGUCAUUCUUUGGUACAGUAACCGAACGAUGCCAAUCAAUUCUUUCUUUGAGCUACAACUACUUGCCCCAAUAUUUGAGGGAUUGUUUUCUCUACAUUGGAUUUUUUCCAGAAGACAGAGAGAUUGAUGUUUCCAAGUUGAUUAGGCUAUGGAUUGCUGAGCAAUUCGUAAAGGCAAGAAGCAAUACAAGGUUAGAAGUGGUGGCAGAGGAGUAUGUACAAGAGUUAAUUGAUAGAAGUCUAAUUUUGACUGGUACACAUAGUCUUACUGGAAGGAUGAAAACUUGCAAAAUUCAUGAUCUUCUUCGCCAACUAUGCAUAAGUGAAGCUCAUACGAAAAGUGUUGUGCAUGUCAUGAAUGGGAAUGAUCAACAUCGAAUGAUCCUUCUGUCUGAAGUUGAAGAGAAGCAUGAUUAUGGUAUGCAACAUAGCAGUGGUAUUAUCCGCACCUUUAUUUCAAUGCAAGUACAUUUUCCAACACGGAUGUGUUCCAUUGUUUCACAGUUCAAGUUGCUUAAGGUAUUGGACGUGUUACCAGUCCUGUACGAUUUCUCUUGUGUAAUACCUGAACUUGUACAUUUGAGAUAUGUUGCUGUAAGAAUUGAGGAAGCUCUUUCACUAGCCAAAAUGAGAAAUCUACAGACCAUAAUUAUUCGAAGGCAUGUCUAUCUCGGACCAACAACAUUGAAGCAGCCACUAGAUAUCUGGAGAAUGUCAGAGAUAAGACAUUUGGAUAUUGAUAUUCCACUAUAUAUAUCAAAUCCUGAUGAAGCAGAACAACCUUUGUGCCUUCUGAAUAACUUGCAAACACUUUAUCUCCGUAACUCUCCUUUUGUUGCGGAAAUCAUAAGAAGAACUCCCAAUCUAAAAAAGCUUAAGAUUUUAAAUAGAUCUAAGCAUCCUGAUUUUCUUGAUUCUCUCAGUAUGUUACAGGAUCUGGAGACACUACACAUAGAAACACAAGAAAACAUUGAUCCGAUGAUUAUCUCAGGAGAUAUUUUUCUUCCUAAUCUCAAGAAGUUGACAUUAACACGUACUCGUAUACCAUGGGAAGUUGUGAAUUUGCUGGCUAAUUUACCGAAUCUUGAGGUGCUCAAAGGGAAUUUUGCAUUUGCUGGAACAGAUUGGAAAGUAGAUGAAGAUGUUGUGUUUCAUAAAUUAAAAUAUCUACAACUGUAUGGGAACUAUGAUCUGAAAAGGUGGGAAGCAGCUGGUAGUGAUAAUUUUCCGAUGCUUGAGCAAUUAAUACUGCAUUGGGUUAUUCAACUGGAGGAGAUUCCGGAGAGUAUUGGAGAUAUAAUGACACUAAAAUUCAUCAAAAUAAAACGUUGCUGCUCUUCUGUAGUAAAUAGUGCAAAGAGAAUUCAACAAGAGCAAGAGAGCUUGGGAAAUUAUGAGCUUCUAGUUCUAAUCUACUCCUAA